AAAAAGGAUUCCACUGAGCUCAGCAUCAUCACUUUAUAAAAGCUUGUUGCUUGUUGCUUCCCACCUUCCAACAAUUAGCAUAUGAGAUUUCACCACGAAAAUUUUCAUCUAAAACAUCAAGUUUGGCUGAGUCCGCUCCCGUCUUCAUUUCAUUUUUCCCCUCUCCAUCCAAGCCACAAGCUCACCCUGAAAAUCGUUGAUUUGUCUCACUGUUUAUCUCAAAAAAUGAGUGGGAAUGAGGAUGUUGAUUCAGGGGGCGUUGGAGUUGAUUAUGAAUAUUCUCAAUCACAUGCAGAACUUCCUCCUAUGGAACAACAAAAGGUGGUAGCAGCACAAGUCCAAGCUCCAAUUAUUUCAUCAUACAAUGACAAAAUCCGACCUUUAAUUGAUGCCAUUGACAGGCUCAGGCUACUUAUGGUCAUGAAAGAGGGUAUACAACUCCCCACAAUUGUUGUGGUUGGAGACCAGUCAUCGGGGAAGUCUAGUGUUCUUGAAUCCUUGGCUGGUGUUAAUCUUCCUCGUGGCCAGGGUAUUUGCACGAGGGUACCCCUCAUUAUCAGGUUGCAAAAAGAUGCAAAGCCAAGGCCAGAGAUUUAUUUGGAGUACAAUGGCAAAAUAGUCCCAGUGGACGAAUCCCACAUUGCAACAGCCAUAAAUCUUGCAACUGAUGAGGUUGCAGGUCAUGGUAAGGGCAUAUCUAACACCCCAAUAACUUUAGUGGUGAAAAAGGGUGACGUUCCUGAUCUUACCAUGGUUGAUCUUCCCGGAAUAACUAGAGUCCCUGUCCAUGGUCAGCCUGAAAAUAUAUAUGAGCAGAUCAGAGAAAUUAUAAUGCAGUACAUAACACCUAACGAAAGCAUUAUCCUCAAUGUUUUGUCAGCUACUGUUGAUUUUUCUACUUGUGAAUCCAUUCGGAUGUCACAGCAAGUGGACAAGACUGGUGAGAGAACUCUUGCUGUGGUUACCAAAGCUGAUAAGGCCCCAGAAGGCCUUCUUGAAAAGGUUACUGCUGAUGAUGUGAAUAUAGGACUUGGUUAUGUUUGUGUUAGGAAUCGUAUUGGUGAUGAGUCCUUUGAAGAAGCAAGGAAGGAAGAGGCUAGAUUGUUCGAAACUCAUCCAAAUCUGUCAAGGAUUGAUAAUGCAAUUGUCAGUGUUCCAGUGUUGGCCCAAAAACUUGUUCAAAUUCAGGCAAGUAUCAUUGCAAGAUGCUUACCGACGAUUGUGAAAAACAUUAAUGAAAAGCUUAACGCAAAUGUUACAGAGCUGCAAAAAAUGCCCAAGGCUUUGACUUCUGUUGCUGAUGCCACGCAAGCUUUGAUGAGGAUCAUUGGAGCAGCUAAAGAAUCCCUCAGGAAACUUCUUUGGAGAGGGGAAUUUGAUGAAUACCCUGAUGACAGCACAAUGCAUGGUACUGUUCGCUUUGUUAAAAUGCUCAGCCAAUUCUCUGAUAAGCUUCACAAGUGCGAGGAAAGUGAACCCAACAAGGAGUUUUUAAAAGAAGAGAUGAAGGUUUUGGAAGAAGUUAAAGGAAUUGAACUACCAAAUUUCCUCCCUCGUGAAGCAUUCCUUCGUAUUCUGCAGAGAAAAGUGGAGAAGAUAUCAUUUAUGCCGAUUGAAUUCGCUGAAAAGAUUUGGGACUAUAUAGAUGGAGUGAUGAUGGCAGUUUUGAUGCGCCACUCAGAAAUGUAUUAUAUCCUUAAGGUAUCCAUGAAAAGAGCCGCUUACAAUCUUGUUCAAAAAAUGAAGCACCGAUCAAUCAAUCGGGUGAAAGAGAUUGUAGAAAUGGAAAAGCUGACUGCUUAUACUUGUAAUCCUGAUUACAUGAAGGAGUGGACUAAGUUCAUGAACCCAGAAAAUUCUUUCAUCAGUCUGGUAAAUACCGGAAGCCCUAUGCGGGUGCCUUCUAGGAUGAUUCUUGAAGGUUUUGGGGAUAUUGAAAUUGAACAUCUCAGACAGCAUUCCAAUAAUGUUUUGCUUCUGCAGCAGGCUUUUGACCUGAAGAUGAGAAUGUCUGCAUACUGGAAGAUAGUUCUAGUGAGAUUGGUUGAUACCAUGGCUUUGCAUUUGCAAUAUAGUGUUCAUAAUCUUUUGAACAAUGACAUGGAGGACAUUGUGAAGGAGUUGAUGGGAGCAGAUGGGCACGGGGUUGAGAGAAUGUUGGUGGAAUCUCCUUCAAUGGCUGCAAAGCGUGAGAAGCUGAAAAAGAGCAUCAAACUGUUGAAGGAAUCCAAAGAUGUUGUGGCCAAAAUCAUGGACAGGAUUGCUAGCUUUGAUGCUUAAUAACUUCUCAUAAAAUUGUUUUAGGCCGAUAAUUUCUCAUAAAUUUAGGUGUGGUUUGGCUUAAUUGCAUGUUUUAAGUGUCUGUUUC